AUGUCGACGAAAAAACACCUCGUUGUUUUUAGUGGAGGCAGCGCAGCUAAUAAUCUUAUCGAUGUUUUCAAGACCCUUGCAAGCAAAGGCAACCGAGCACUGGAUUUUGUUCUCCCGAUUUCAGAUAAUGGUGGUAGCACCUCUGAGAUUCUGAGAGUAUUUGGUGGCCCUGGUAUUGGAGAUGUUAGAAGUCGUCUUAUCAGGCUAGUCCCCGAAGACACAGAAGAUGUCGAGUUAAUAGCGAUUAAGAGUCUUCUUAAUUACCGUCUUCCCCCCUCUAACGAUGAAGCUCGUUUUGAGUGGCUUGCCCUUGUCGAAGGCACACACGGCCUUUGGAAGCAUAUAUCGUCCGAAAAACGUGAACUUCUCCGCUCAUUCUUCGUCCUCCUGAAUCUCGAACUCCUCAAACGUCAACGUCCCAAAUCCUCCUUCAACUUUCAUUCCGCUUCAAUUGGCAACCUUUUCCUGACUGGAGCACGUAUCUUUUUUGGCUCCUUCGAAUCGGCUAUAUAUCUUUUUCGCUCCAUCACCGGGAUCCCGGAAAAUGUGCAAGUCAUUCCAGCCAUCAACUCAAACUUUGCCCACCAUAUAGCUGCAGGAUUGGCAGAUAAAAGCGUUAUUAUCGGGCAAAAUCAGAUUUCCCAUCCAUCCAACCCGUCUGCGCUGCCCAUCCCUGCAGAAUCACAACCAAGCUCUAAAAAUGGCUCUGAAAAGGACUUUGAUGUAUUCGAAGAGGAGCCGGAAGAGCCAGAGGAAGAUGCGAACCUCCCCGGUUCUCUAGCUUCCCUCCGAACCCAGAAUAUCGAAUUCAGUAAAAUCGAAGAAACUGCAAUGCCGUCUAGGAUUGAACGGAUAUGGUACAUCAAUCCAUACGGCCAAGAGAUCAGGCCCCAUGCCAAUCCGAAGGUCCUUACGGCCAUCGAAAACUCUCAGGCAAUAAUUUACAGUAUCGGGAGUUUAUACACUUCUCUUAUCCCUUGUCUUGUCCUCCGUAACAUUGGCAUGGCUCUCGCAGCCACUGGGCGUAAUACUCCAAAAAUUCUUCUCUUAAACGGUUCUCAUGACCGGGAAACGGGGCCUGAUAGCGCUUCUUUCACGGCAGCCGAGUUUGUUCGUGCAGUAGCUCAAGCAUGCGCAUAUUCUGAUUCUGCCUUUAAGGAUAAGGAACCGAAACCCCAGGACUGGAACAGAUACCUGACACAUGUCAUAUACCUGGUCGGCAAUGGAGCACCAAUGGUCAAUGAUGACGAACUGAAAGCGCUUGGCAUUGAUGCAUUUCAGGUUUAUGGGAGGAGAAAUCCAGUUGAGGGAAGAGGGAUGCUAUAUGACUCGACAGCGCUGGGUCAAACGCUUGAGAUGAUAUUGGCCAAGCGUCUAAGGAAGGCAGAGACUAGGCGUAUGACAAUGGACACAUACUAUGAGAGUCCAAGAGGGGGGGAUGGGAGUGGUGGCAGAAAUGUGAACGGCAAUGGGUGGACAGCUGGGAAGUGUACGUAA